AUGGAUGAUGCUAUGCGCCGCAGCAUCUUUGGUUCAUCUGAUGAAUCAGAUGAAUCAUCGCCGAAGCGAAGGCGCUCGAGGUCGCGAGACUCGGGCGUUAACAGUGGUGUCGGUUCUCCUAUUGACACCACUUCGCAAAGAGGUGCCAGUCCUGCUGUCGGCACGUCGCAAGAAGAGCGGUACCGCAGUGUGUUGCGUCUCGCUCCCGAGAAGAAGGCAUGGAUGCCUCCCAAAUCCGUCAUGGAUCACUUGUCGGCGACGACGAGUGAUCGUUAUCGAACACGGUUGUUCGAUUCGUCAAGGAUCCAUCACCUUGACCCCAGCGCGAAAAACUAUCGCGCUGAGAAUGAAUUCUUCAUCGAUGCUUUGUUUAGACAUCGAUGGUACAGUGGGAAUCAAAAACGUGAUGGUCCCUCACUGCUUCAAGCGUGGAACGCCUACAUCCAUAAACUUGAGGAUGUAGGUCGUGACGCUUGGAACGACAAACUUAUCAAAGCUCGUGAUAAGUUUGAGAAGAGAACCCCGACAGGUGCACGCUACAAGCUGCAUCGUCUGUAUAGGGAUAAAGGGUUACCCUGCCUCUCUUGGGGAGACCAGUGCCCUUGUUGUGUGAACAGCUCUGCACGAGCACCUAAGGAGGCUUACCUCCCUAAUAGCCCGUGGUGGCGCGUACGUAUCUCUAGUGAGAUGUACGAAGGGAUUGACAACCUGAAAUCCCUUUAUGACCGUGCCGGGAAGACUUUCUCCAGCGGUCCUUCUGCGGCAUAG